AUGUCUCCUUCACACAACGAGCCCAUUGCCAUUGUUGGCAACGCCUGUCGAUUCCCUGGGGAUGCCACAUCUCCUUCCAAGCUAUGGGAACUGCUCAAGGAGCCCCGUGAGGUGGCCCGGCCCAUCGACCGUUUCGCGGCCUCGAGCUUCUACCACCAAAAUGGUCACUACCACGGUGCCAGCAACGUCCGCGACGCUUACCUCCUCUCCGAAGACCCCCGCUACUUCGAUGCCCAGUUCUUCAGCAUUCCCCCUGGUGAGGCCGACUCCAUUGACCCCCAGCAGCGCACAGUCCUCGAGACUGUGUACGAAGCCGUCGAAUCCGCUGGCCUGCUGCUCGAGGACCUGCGCGGCUCAGACACGGCCGUCUACGUCGGUGUCAUGUGUGACGACUACGGCAACAUUUGCUACGUCGACCAGGAGGCGAUUCCCACCUACGCCGCCACUGGCACGGCCCGUAGCAUUCUGUCAAACCGUGUCUCUUUCACCUUCGACUGGCGGGGUCCGUCGAUGACUAUUGACACGGCCUGCUCGUCGUCCCUGGUCGCUAUCCACCAGGCUGUUCAGGUUCUGCGCAGCGGAAACUCCAACGUCGCCGUGGCCGCCGGUGCCAAUUUGAUUUUCAGCCCGAACAUGUUCGUCGCCGAGUCGAACCUUAACAUGCUUUCCCCCACGGGCAAGUCCCAGAUGUGGGACGCCAACGCCAACGGCUACGCCCGUGGUGAGGGUAUCGCCGCUGUCAUAAUGAAGCGUCUCUCCGACGCAAUCCGCGACGGUGACCACAUUGAGUGCGUCAUUCGUGAGACGGGCUGCAAUCAGGACGGUCACACUCCCGGUAUUACCAUGCCCAGCCAGGAGGCUCAGACCAAGCUGAUUCGCGACACCUACCGUCGUGCCGGCUUGGACCUGAGCAAGCCCGAGGACCGUCCUCAGUACUUUGAGGCUCACGGCACUGGUACCAAGGCUGGUGACGGCGUCGAGUCCAAGGCCAUCUACCACGCCUUCUUCCCCGAGGGUCAGACCACUGAUGAGAGUCUGUGGGUUGGCUCCAUCAAAACCAUCAUCGGCCACACCGAGGGUACCGCCGGUAUCGCCGGUGUCAUAAAGGCCUCCCUUGCCAUCCAGAACAAGACCAUCCCGCCAAACUUGCACCUCAAGACCCUCAACCCGGAGAUUGUCCCGUACUACGGCAAGCUGCAAAUCGCCAAGACUGCGCAGGACUGGCCCAUGCUGCCCGCCGGCGCCGUUCGCCGUGCCUCCAUCAACUCCUUCGGUUUCGGUGGCACCAACGCUCACGCAAUUAUUGAGGCGUAUGAGCCCGAGGUCUCUCCCGUGCAGGCUGAGGCUGCGGCCAAGGCUACUAUCGCCUUGCCCCUCACUUUUUCCGCCACCUCGGAGAAGUCUCUCACCAACCUCAUGGCCAAGUACCUAGAGUACCUGACUGAGAACCCCGAUGUCGACCUCAUCAGUCUGGCCUUCACCCUGCACGACCGCCGUUCCACCUUUGCGUACCGCAGCCACAUUGCUGGUCAGUCGGUGGAGGAAAUCUUGCCCAAGCUACAGAACGCUGUUGAGGAGCAGCAAUCUGGCAACUUGGCCAGCAUCGUCCGCGGUAUUUUGGCAAAGAAGAACCUGCUCGGUAUCUUCACUGGUCAGGGCGCUCAGUGGGCGACCAUGGGUCGUGAGCUGAUCCGCGCCUCCAAGAUCGCCCAGGACAUCAUCGGUAAGCUCGAGCAGUCCCUCGCCGAGCUCCCUGCCUCUGACCGCCCGUCCUGGUCUAUCAUGGAGCAGCUGAUGGCUGACCCGGCCCAGUCUCGCAUUGCUGAGGGUGAGCUGUCCCAGCCGCUGUGCACUGCCGUUCAGAUCGUCCUGGUCGAGGUGCUCAAGCUGGCCGGCAUCAAUUUCGAUGUCGUCGUCGGCCACUCCAGUGGUGAGAUUGGUGCCGCGUACGCCGCCGGAUUCUUCAACGCCACUGAUGCCAUCCGCAUUGCCUUCUACCGUGGUCGCUACGCCUUCAUGGCGAAGGGUCCUGAGGGCCAGAAGGGUGGUAUGUUGGCUGUUGGUACCACUCUUGAGGAUGCUCGCGAGCUUGUCGAGCUCCCCGCCUUUGAGGGUCGCGUCUCUAUCGCCGCAUACAAUUCCGACGCCAGCAUCACCCUCUCCGGUGACCUUGACGUCAUUGAGGAGGUCAGGGAGGUCUUGGACGACGAGCGCGUCUUCAACCGUCAGCUCAAGGUUGACACCGCGUACCACUCGCACCACAUGAUCCCCUGCUCCGCCAAGUACUAUGAGGCUCUUGACAACUGCAGGGUUCAGAUCCUCAAACCCUCUGGUGAGACCAAGUGGUACUCGUCUGUGUACGACGGCAAGCUCAUGGAGCCUUGCGAGGAGCUCAAGCACAUUUACUGGGUCGACAACAUGGUCAACAUUGUCCUGUUUGCUCCGGCCCUCAAGUCUGCUCUCAACAAUGCCGUACCUCAGCCCACCCAGGUCAUUGAAGUCGGUCCGCACGCCGCCCUCAAGGGUCCUGCCUCUAACGUUAUCGAGGAGGUGGUCAAGGCUGCGCUGCCUUACACCGGCACCCUUGCUCGUGGUCAGAACGACGUCAAUGCCGUGGCCUCCACCCUCGGUUACCUCUGGGCUCAGUUUGGCCGCAGCUCCGCCGACUGGAAGGGUUACUCGCAGGUCUUCUCCUCGAGCAUUCCUACCAUUCUCCAGGAGCUGCCUAGCUACCCCUGGAACUACGACCGUCUUUUCUGGUACGAGGCUCGCAAGUCGCGUGUCAACCGCCUUCGUCAAGACCCCGCUCACGUCCUGCUCGGUACACGCACCGACUCCGUCAACGAGCGCGAGUACCGCUGGCGCAACUACAUCAGCUCUAAGGAGAUCCCCUGGCUCUCCGGCCAUAGCAUUCAGGGCCAGACCUUGUUCCCUGCUGCUGGUUUCCUCGUGAUGGCUGUUGAGGCUGCUCGCGUCGUCGGCCGUGACCAGGCCAUCCACGCCAUUGAGCUGCAGAACUCCCAGAUCCACCGCGCCCUGGCUAUCAAUGAGGACAAGGGUAUCGAGACACUCUUCACCCUGUCUAAUGUCAAUUGUGUCCAAAUGGGUGCAGGCACCUCUACUGUCACUGCCAACUUCGCUUGUGAUGCCUGCCUCCAGAAGGGUUCUGAUGUCUUCACCUCCAUCGCCAGCGGUAAGCUUAUCAUGAGCCUCGGCACUCCCUCUUCCUCGGUCCUGGUCGAAUACCCCAAGGAGACUGGCCUCGGCAUGCUGGACGUCGACUGUGAGGAGUUCUACGCCUACCUCGCUUCCAUCGGCUACAACUACGCCGACCUCUUCAGGGGUAUCACCUCCAUGAGCCGAUGCUGCGACUUGGCUCAGGGUGAGAUCAUCACCUCUACUGCCAGCCAGAGCGGCCCCAUGAACGAGUUCCUAUUGCACCCGGCCACUCUUGACGUUGCCUUCCAGGCCAUCUUUGCCGCCAUCAGCUACCCCGGAGACGGUGCACUGUGGGCUCUGCACAUCCCCACCACUAUCCGCCGCGUCGUCAUCAACCCUGUCAUCUGUCCGAUGAACGGUGGUCUUGACGAGAAGGUCCGCUUCUCGGCUACUUCCAACCGCGCUGAUGACGGUACGUUCUCCGGUAGCGUUGACAUCUUUCCUGUCCACAGCGACUACUCGCUGUGCCAGGUUGAGGGAAUGGGGGUCAGCCCCGUGGCUCCCCCUACGGCCAAGGAUGACCGCCACAUGUUUGGCCACACCAGCCGCUGGCUCAGCACUCCUGACGCCGAGGCCGUGGCCAAGCCUGUCUCAAUCACCACCGAGCAGGAGAAGGAUCACCAGCUUCUCGACCGUCUCGCGCUUCAGGAGCUCCGGAAGAUGGUUGUCUCUGGUAAAUCCGAGCACGCCCAUCUGCGCACCUGGGCCCAGGGUGUCCUCAAGGUUGAUGGUACCGACGCCUCCACUGAGCAUAAUGACAGCUCUAGCGUCACUGUUGGCGAGGCUUUCGCUGCCGAUCUUGCUGUCCUGAAGGCUCUUGGCUCUGGCGAGCCCGGCUUGCUGAACAAGUUCUACUCCUCGGCGUUCGGUGCUACUGAGGCUCGCAGCUCCUUGAUCUCGCUGGUUCACCAGAUCUCCCGCCGCUAUCCUCACAUGCGUAUCAUGGAGCUCAGUGCUGGCAACGGUGCCGCUACCAAGCCUCUCCUGGAGACUCUCGGUGCCUUGUGCUCCGCCUAUACCGUCACUGACUCGACUGACGAGCACUUUGCGGCCCUGAACAAGGAGCACGGUGAUGACCUCUUCACCCAGACCCUCGACUUGGGCCAGGGCCUCGAGGAGCAGGGAUUCUCCGCCGCCAGCUUUGAUCUUAUCAUUGCCCCCGCCGGCCUCCACAAUGUACAGGACCGUGCUCAAACCAUCCAGAAGCUGCGCUGGCUUACCAGGCCUGGUGGUUUCCUCUUUUUCCAGCAGAUCACCAACGCCAGUGCUGCCCACGUCGGCCUGACCGUGGCCAGCUUGGCGUCGCAGACUGAGGUUCCCGAGCUGUCUGAAUACGAUGCUCUGCUUCAGGACGCUGGCUUCUCCGGCAUUGACUCUGUCACUCCGGACUCUGUCAGCCCCUUCAGCGUCUUCGUGUCUCAGGCCGUCGACGCUCAAAUCAACGCCAUCCGUGCUCCUCUAUUUGCCGGUAACAAGACCACCAUUGACCAUAUUCUCCUCAUCGGUGGUCGCCGCUUCCAGACCUCUCGCCUGAUCGAAAACAUCAAGAACACCCUCGCCCCAUACUGCGGCAACAUCAUGUCGAUCCAGAGCAUGCGCGAGUUCAAGUCGUCCCUGCUGGCGCCUAGGCCUCUCGUGCUUUCGCUCACUGAGCUCGACGAGCCCUUCUUCCAGGACCUGACCGACCAGAAGUACAAGGCCCUGCAGACUCUGUUCUUCCGCUCGCAUUACAUUGUCUGGGUCACUCGCGGUGCAAACGGCGACAACCCUUACGCCAACGUUAUGAAGGGUGUCGUCCGCUGCUUACUGAUCGAGAUUCCUCACCUUCACUGCCAGAUGUUCAACAUCGAGGGCAAGGGCAAGAUCAACCAGCACGCCACCGUCCUGGCGGAGCAGCUGCUGCGCCUGCACAUUGCCGACGGUUGGAAGGACAAGAUCCCCACGUACAGCGCUUUGUGGACCUCGGAGCGCGAGCUGAUGCUUGCCGAUGACAAGCUCCACAUUACUCGCUACGACUCCGAGGCUGAGCUCAAUGACCACUACAACGUCUUGCGCCGUCGUGUCGUGGCUGAAGUCUCCACCGCUGACCGCGUGGCUCCCAUUGGUACCGAGGAGGCCAAGGUCACCGUCAACGUCGAGAAGUCCCUAUCCACCGCCUUCAAGGUUGGCGACCUCGGCUACUUCUACCUCAGCAUCGGCUCCAACAAGGAAACUGGCGAGACUGUCCUCGCGCUGACUGACCAGCACCAGUCUCUUCUCACCGUUUCUGAGUCCCGCCUCCUGACUGUCAAUGUCGCUGCCAGUGAGCGUUGCACCCUGCUCGUUUCUGUCGGUGCCACACUCCUUGCCUCGGCUCUCCUCGAGAAGUCCACUGCCAGCGACAGACUCGUCUUCCACGAGGCGCCCACCGUUCUGGCCGAGCUUCUCCGCGAGAAGGCCCGCAAGACCGGCGCCCAGGUCGUCUUCACUACCACCGACAAGGAAACCACUGGUUUCUGGCAAUACGUCCACACUUACACUCCCGGUCGCGAGCUGAGCAGGCUGGUGCAGGCCAACACGAGCCUUUUUGUCAACUUCUCUCCCGCCAGCGAGGGUAGGGGGGUUGUCAACCGCCUUAAGGCCCAGCUGCCGUUCCGCGCUCGCUGUCGCACUCUUUCAGACUACCUCCCUUCGCAGUCCGUCCUUUACUCGGACACGACCGAGGCUCAACUCGCCAAGGCCCUCAAGGACGCCUAUGACAAGGCUGUAUCUGAGGCCUCGCCGGUUGCCUUUGACCAGGUUGCCAAUAUCUUUUUGCAGCAGCUUGCCACUGACCAGACUCUCAGUAAGCCCCUGACCACCAUAGACUGGACUGACCCUACUCCUUUCCCUGCCAACUUGACCCUCGCUAUGGACGAAGUGCGCUUCCGCUCUGACCGCACCUACUUCCUCGUCGGUAUGACUGGCAGCUUGGGUUUGUCCACCUGCGAGUUCAUGAUGGAGCGCGGCGCCAGGCACUUUGCCCUGUCCUCCCGUCGCCCUAACAUCGACCAGCGCUGGCUGGAAAAGGUCGAGACCAACUUUGGCGCCUCGGUCAAGGCGUACCCGCUUAACAUCACCAAUCGCGAGAGCCUGCAGGGCGUGUACAAGGAGAUCUGUGCGACCCAGCCCCCGAUCGCGGGUGUGGCCAACGCCGCCCUCAUCAUGCGCGAUAGUCUCUUCAUGGAGUCCAACGCGACCACCAUGAACGAGGCUCUGGGCCCCAAGAUCGACGGUACCAUCUACCUGGACGAACUGUUUGCCAACGUCGAUCUCGGCUUUUUCAUCCUCUUCUCCUCACUGGUGUACAUCACUGGCAAUAUUGGUCAGACCUCCUACGCUGCCGGCAACGGCUUCAUGGUAAGCUUGGCCCACCAGCGUCGCCAGCGCGGCCAGUGCGCCAGUGUCAUGAACCUGGGUGGUAUAAACGGUAUCGGCUACAUCACCCGUACCGACCACAACAUUCUCAACCGUCUCGACAUCAUGGGCUACGGUAUCAUGUCCGAGCUCGACUACAAGUACUUCUUUGCCGAGGCGGUCAUGGCAGGUCCUCCCGACUCCGGCCGCGACCCCGAGGUCUCUGCUGGUCUCAAGUUCGUCAACCCCAAGACCGACAAGAACCCGCCCAAGUGGUGGGAGGACCCCAAGUUCAGCCACUACGUCAUUGACAAGAGCGCUCGCGAGGGUGGUGAGGUGGGCGCUGAGGGUGCCCUGUCCACAAAGGCCCAGCUGCAGGAGGCUGCUACCGAAAAGGACGCCUUCAACAUCAUCAUGACGGCCCUACAGGCCAUGCUUCACAAGAAGCUCGACCUGCCACCCUCGGAGAGCGUCCUGUCCGAUGUCGCCAUUGUCGAGAUGGGUGUCGACUCUCUCGUCGCCGUCGACAUGCGCUCUUGGUUCAGUAGCGAGUUUGAUCAAGACAUCCCCAUCAUCAAGAUUUUGGGUGGUGCCACUCUUGCUGACCUAGUCGAGGACACUGUUGUCAACCUGUUACCGUCCAUUGCCCCCAACUUGAGCGGCGCCGCCGCUGCCGAGGAGGAGCGCAAGGCAGAGACCGAGACACCUGCUGAGGCUGCUACCGCUGCUCCCUCUGACGUUGAGCCUAUCUUUUCUGAUGAUGACAGCCCUGCCACCACCGACAUUGACGAUGGCUCUGUGACUAGCAGGUCUACCGCCGACGAGAAGGUCGAGUCUGACGCUGGCCCUGCUGCGCCGGCUGUCGUUCGUCCCGACUUUAUCCGCGUCGAGAAGAUGACCCACGGCUGCUCUCGCUUCUGCUUCCUCCGCCAGUACCUCGAGGAUGCCAGCUGCUUCAACAUCAUUGUCCGCACGCGUCUUACCGGUCAGGUUGAUGUGGCUCGUGUCCAGGAAGCCGUCUGCAAGGUCGGUGCCCGUCACGAGGCCCUGCGUACCGCCUACUACGUGGACGAGGAGGGCGAGCCCAUGAUGGGUGUCAUGCCCAACUCCAAGCUCCGGCUCGAGGUCAGCAAGAUUACCCACGAAAGCGAGGCCGAGAAGGCUCACAAGGAGGUGUCCAAGUACAACUUCGACAUCGAGAACGGUGAGGUCAUCCGCAUACAGCUGCUGACUGUCGGCCCCCACGAGCACCACCUCAUCUUCGCCGUCCACCACAUUGCCAUUGACGGCUUCUCCUUCAACCUUAUGAUCCGCGACAUGGACAUGUUCUACCAGGGCAAGCCCGUGCCCCAGAUUGCCACGCAGUUCACGGACCUGGCCAUCCAGCAGCGCAAGGACAUUGAGAGCGGUCGCCUGCAGGACGACAUUGUCUUUUGGAAGAAGAACUACACCACGCUGCCCGACCCUCUGCCUCUCUUCCCCUUCCCUGGCGUCGGCGCCCGUCUCCCGCAGACCAAGUACGAGCAUGAGGAGGUCGAGAUGGUGCUCGACUCGGCGAUUGCGCAGAAGAUCCGCACCCUCUGCCGCCAGAACCGCUGCACCACGUUCCACUUCUUCCUCGCUACCUUCCGCCUCUUCCUCACCCGCUGGCUCGAGAUUGACGACCUGUGCAUUGGUAUCGCCGAUGCCAACCGCAAGGACAUCAAGACCCUGGCCACCGUCGGUUUCCUGCUGAACCUGAUCCCUCUCCGCUUCGGCGGCCUCACAGGGAAGGAGACCUUCUCCACCCUCCUCAACGCCGCCAAGCAGGCCUCAUACUCUGCCCUCAACCACUCUGCCCUGCCCUUUGACCUGCUGCUGCAGGAGCUCGAGGUACCUCGCUCCUCCUCCCACAGCCCCCUGUUCCAGGCUUUCCUCGACUACCGUCAGCUCUCCCUGAAAACGCCUCCCAUGCUCGAGUCCCAGACCGAGGGUGAGAGCGACUUCGGUGCCACCGCCUACGACGUCGUUCUCGACGUCACUGACGAAGCCGCCUCGGACAUCACCAUCAAGUGGCAGACACAGAAGUCACUGUACAACGGCCGCCACACCCAGGCCAUGAUGGACAGCUACAUGCACCUGCUGUACCACUAUUCCAAGGGUCCUGCCGGCUCCAUCGCAUCCGCUCCCCUCUACCGGGACGAAUAUGUCACGGCUGCCAUUGAGGCUGGACGUGGUCCCCAGUUUGACAGCCAGUGGCCCGAGACCCUGUCCCUCAAGGUCGACCAAGUCUCUGCCCAGUUCCCCAACGACAUUGCUCUGCGCGACGGCCUCGGCGACUCCAUGACUUACAAAGCCAUGGACCGCACCCUCGACCAGAUCUCCGAGGAGCUCGUCCAGGCUAACAUCCAACCCGGUGACAAGGUCGGUGUGUUCCAGCAGCCCUCGGCCAUGUGGAUCUGCUCCUUGCUCGCCAUCUGGCGCAGCGGUGCCGUCUACGUGCCUCUUGAUCCCCGCAACGGCCUGCCCCGUCUGGCGGCCACUUGCAGUGUUGUCGAGCCCAGCUCCGUGCUCUGCGACAGUUCCACUGCCGCCGAUGUCGCCCAGCUCGCUCUCCCUGCCGACGCCAGCACCAUCAAUGUUGACCGGGUCCGCAAGGCCAACGACUCUCCCGCUCGCCGUCCCAACUUGUCCAAGGGUGAUUCGUCUGCCAUCAUCGUCUCCAGCAGUGGUUCCACCGGUGUCCCCAAGGGUAUCGAGGUCCGCCACCUGAGCUUGCUCAACCUCUUCGAGGGUGACAGCCUGACCUGGAACCUCGGCCGCCCCAUCGUCGUUCAGCAGAGCGCCUAUAGCUUCGACAUCUCUCUUGACCAGAUCUUCACCUCUCUCGUCAACGGUGGCAACCUCUACGUCGCUUCCCAGGCCCAGCGCUCCGACCCCCAGGCCAUGGCUGAGCUCAUCGCCAAUAACAAGAUUACCUACACCAUGGCCACCCCGUCCGAGUAUUCUAACUGGAUCAACUACGCCGCUCCCACUCUGUCCAAGACCACGAGCUGGCGCCGCGCCAAUAUUGGUGGUGAGGGCUGGAACGCCACCCUGCGUGACUCCUUUGCCGCCCUCAACCUGCCCAACCUCAAGAUCCAGAACUGCUACGGUCCCGCCGAGAACAGCAUAUGGUGCACUCGUCAACCCAUUGCCUACCCUGCCGAGUCUACUCUCAUCCCUGCCGGUCCUGCUCUUCCCAACUACUCCUUCUACAUUGUGGACAAGCAGCUCAAUGUUGUUCCAACCGGAGUCCAGGGUGAGAUCCUCAUUGGGGGUGCCGGUACCGCCGUCGGCUACUACAAGCGCACCGACCUGACCAACGAGAAGUUCAUCGAGGACAAGAACGCCUCCUCUGUUCACGUUGCCAAGGGCUGGAACCGCGCCUACCGCACCGGCGACAAGGGUUACCUCAUGAUCGACGGCACCCUCGUUGUCCUGGGCCGCAUCACUGGCGACACCCAGAUCAAGCUUCGCGGUUUCCGUAUCGAGCUUGAGGACAUCGAGGCCACCAUUGUCCGCGCCUCCAACGGCGUUCUAUCUCGCGUCGUUGCCAACUUGCGCCGCGAGGGUCAGGAGAGCUACCUGGUCGGCUUCGUCGAGUUUGCUGACGGCUACUUGACCGACCAGCAGAAGACCUACCUCGCCCAACUGCUUAACAAGGUGCCCUUGCCCCAGUACAUGAAGCCCAACAUGCUCGUCGCACUUGACCGCAUCCCCCUGAACUCCCACGGAAAGGUCAACAGGCUGGCCAUUGCCACCAUCCCUGUCAAAUCCCAGCUCGAUGAUGCCGAGAUCUCUAUCGAGGUCACCGAUACUGAGAAGGCGAUCUGGGAGCUCUGGCAGGAGAUCCUGCCCCAGUCUUUUAUGGAUGGUGUGGUCAUCAACUUGAACCACGACUUCUUUCAGCUCGGAGGUAACUCCUUGCUUACUGUCCGCCUCCAGUCUCGCAUCCGCGAGGCUUUUGGCAUCGUCGUUCCUCUCUUCAAGAUCAUCGAGUCCAGCAAGCUCUCUGCUUUGGGGGCCCUCCUCGAUAACCUCUUGGCCAAGUCUGGCAUCAACUGGGACCUCGAGACUGCCCUCAUAGAUGACAUGCUCCAGAUCUCUCCCGCUGACGCCUUCUCCACCACCCGCAAGAACGCCCAGCCCCUGACUGUCAUCCUCACCGGUGCCUCUGGUUUCAUUGGUCGUCAUAUCUUGGAGCGCCUCAUCCAGGACCCCAAGAUCGGCAGCGUCCACUGCAUUUCCCACCGUCCUCUGUCUAACGAGCUGCCCCACCGCCAGAAGUUCAACGCCGUCGUCGCCUCCUCUUCCAAGAUCUUCGUACACGAGGGUGAUCUGAACGCUCCUCGCCUCGGCCUGUCCGAGACCGAGUUCGCCACUCUCUCCCAGCAGGCCGACAUGAUCAUCCACAGCGGUGCCAACCGGUCUUUCUUCAGCACCUACGAUCAAGUCCGGGCCAUCAACGUCCAGUCCACCAAGGAGCUCGCUCUCAUGUCUGCCGCUUCUCUGCGUGACCACCGCCGCGUCGUUCCCUUCCACUUCCUCUCUGGCACUGAGGCCGCCACCAUCGAGCCUGCUUCGGACGGCUCUCAGGGCUACGUCGCCUCCAAGUGGGCCAGCGAGCGCUUCCUCGAGAAAUACGCCGAUCGGCUGCGCCUCCCCGUCCACAUCCACCGCCAACUUCCCGUGCCCGAGGGUCGUGAGGCCCAGGGCGAAGAGCUCGACCAGAUCCUCCAGGAGUUCGUCGAUGUCGCCGCCAAGAUGACCGAGCUACCCAACUCGACCACCUGGGGCGGUCACUACGACCUGAUCCCUGCCGACCGUCUGUCUUGCGACAUUGUCGGCCACGCCUUCACGGCCCUAGCCUCGACCGACAACCAGAUCUCCAGCGACAACGUCAAGCAGUACUUGCACCUGAGCUCCGUCCGCAUGGACAUUGCCAAGGUUGUCGAGAAGCUGGGCUCGCUGCCUGAGUACGCCCAGAGCGGCCGGCCCAAGAUCCCGGCCCACGUCUGGGUCGGCAAGGCCAAGACUGCCGGCUUCCGCUACCAGUUCAGCACCAUGAACAUGGUCCUGCAGGAUGCCGAGGGCAAGGGCCUCGCUACGCUGUCGCGGUAG